UGUCGGUUUUGACAUUUAACACGCAAGUCAAUCGAUAAUUUUUCUUCUCGGUCGAUAUUUUCAUUUCUUUCCCGAGUUCAGAGACAAUAAAAGGUGAUAGAAAAGUAAUUUUUCGGUGGAAUUUGCAAAAAUUAUUUCGUUAAUUGCACGGUGACGGGGUAUUAAAUACGUAAAUGCAUAGAAUAAACAUCAAGACAAGUUGAGGAGUGCAAGAAAGCUAGAAAAGCUGAAAGAAGAGGAGGAGGAGCGGAGCAUACUGCGCGACAUUGAAGUUCCAUAACUGCUGCAACUGGCGCUGUCGCUGCGCUGCUGUUUGUGUGUCUAGACGAGGAGGAGCGACGAGGGAGCACAAGGAAGAGGGCGAGAGUCGUUGUGGGACACGCACAGCCGCGGAGGCGACGGAAGGAAGCAGAGUAGAAGCGGACAAUUGCGAUCGUUUUCGGUAUUUCGACAUGGUCAGCACAAAUCUUGUGGUACCGGUGGUGCUUUGGGGGCCAUCGGCGCCCACACACUGCGUGUCCAGUGUAUUUCUGUCAGAUGAUCAAUCAACACUCGUCACCGGUUGCUAUGAUGGGCAGAUCUGUUUGUGGCAAGUUGACCCUGUCACCAUGAAAAUGUCACCUCGUUGUCUGCUUGUUGGACAUUCGGCGCCAGUGUUAUGCUUAGUGCGUGCCUCCGUACUGCCCGAUAAUAAUUUUCUCGUCAGCUCAUCGGAGAAUGGUGAAAUGUGCACAUGGGAUCUAAUCGAUGGAAAGUGUAUGGAAUCAGUGAAGCUGCCACAGGUGCACACUCAAAUUCAGAGUUACCAUCCCGCUAACAGCGAUGAUGUACGCCUAUUUUGCAUAGGCUAUUAUCCCGAAAUAAUUGUAAUGGACCCGUUCAGUUUGGAAAUCAUUUACCAGCUAAGUUCGAAAGUAAAGCCCGACUGGAUUUCGGCACUGCAUGUGCUGCGCCCCAUGAAACGCAAAGACGAUGUUGUCUUAGCAAUCACAACCACAGGCACAGUGAAAGUUUGGACCCUAAUCGGCAAUGAAAAUAAACAUGCCGAACCGAUUUACGAAAAUGAAUCGAAGGAAAUUCGUUGUUUGAACGCCAUCACCAUGAAUUGCUGUGCGCAGAAUCAACGCACUGUGCUAAUUGUAUGUACCAAGUACUGGCAGAUUUAUGACGCUGGAGAUUUCACGGUACUUUGCUCAGUCAUUGCGCCCACGCGGGAACGCUGGCAAGGUGGUGAUUUUAUAAGUUCGGAUCGUGUAAUGUUGUGGACCGACGAAGGCAAAGGCUAUCUCUACAAGCUUCCCGCGAAUUGUAUACCAGACAACAAGGAGUUCCACGCCAAAUCAGUGGUGCGCGAUGCACCCUAUUUGUAUUACAUACUACAACAGCCUGGCGACAAGGUCCUGUCAUGCCCGCCCGCCAUGAAACUACUACGUUAUCAGCGUGAAGAGGGCAAAAGUACACAACAUUAUUUGUUGCGAGGCGAUUCUGAAGGCUAUAUCUCGGUAUGGACCGUGCCUGAGGUGCCACUGGAUAACAUUAGCAUUUUGCAAGCGAAGCAAAUGCCACCAAGAGUGCUAAAACCCACUGUCUGCACAUCGUUAGUUGAGGCUUGGUCUAUCAUGGACCCACCGCCUGUGGGUAUACUCGAUCAAUUGUCACGUAUUACGGAAACACCCGUCAAACUCACCUCAAGUAUUUACCUGCCGCAACAGAGUCGCUUGGUAAUUGGACGUGAGGAUGGCACUAUAGUUAUUGUGCCCGCCACUCAAACGGUAAUGAUGCAACUGUUGGUAGGCAUUAAGCAGAAUUUCAGUGAUUGGCCUUCACAUCAAAUACUAUACGGUCAUCGUGGACGUGUCAACUGUUUGCUUUGUCCAUCACUUGUACAUCCGCGCUACGAGAAAUCGCAUUUAUUAUCAGGUGGCGUCGACUUUGCCGUUUGUUUGUGGGACUUGUACAGUGGAAGUCUCUUGCAUCGUUUCUGCGUGCAUGCCGGUGAGAUAACACAGUUGCUGGUACCACCAGAAAUUUGCAGUAAUCGCAUCCUAAAAUGUAUCUGCUCAGUGGCAUCUGACCAUUCGGUCACACUGUUAAGUUUACAGGAACGCAAAUGUGUGACACUUGCGAGUCGCCAUCUCUUUCCGGUAAUAACCAUAAAAUGGCGCCCGCUCGACGACUUUCUCAUUGUUGGCUGUUCAGACGGCUCUGUAUAUGUGUGGCAAAUGGAGACGGGCCACUUGGAUCGUGUGUUACAUGGCAUGCUGGCAGAAGAAGUGCUUCUGGCUUGCGAUGAGCAAUCUGCCGACGAUGGCAGUGGUGGACACAGUGGUGCAACAGCGGCCACAUCAGAAAUGGGCAUGGCUAAUCCGGCGGUACACUUUUUCCGUGGCAUCAAGUCGCGUAACAUGAAUGCCAUACGUCAUGCAACCCAACGCGGUAUCCAUCAGCUUCAACAGCUGCAGGGCCACAACCAAGGCAACUUUGAUUUCUUAAUGAAACAUCGCAGUAAUCCGCUGGUGAUACAAGGUCUUCGCACCAAUCCUAAAGAUGCAGAAAGUCAUAUACUAUUUUUUGACAUUGAAGGAUUAAUUUUCGAACUCCAUAGCGAGGAGUACGCCCAAAUGACACCAGCUGCAUUGGAGGCACUCGGUGUGGUGCUAAACAAUCAAAAGGAUAAAGCGGUGCAUAUGGAUGCAUCCAAAAAAAUAAGCGAUUUCUUCGGAAAGGUGAAGAAUAAAGCAGGUGACAUGGAAAAAAUAUUAAAGGACAAAGAUAAACACGGCCUAGUGCAGAAAUUCAAAGAGAAGACGGAACAAAUGGAAAAGAAAGUACAGGCGAAAGUCGAAAGUUUUCAGAAAGUCGUGGAGACGCAAGAACAACCAGACGAUUUGCGCAGUAAGAUUGCUUCUAAGAUGGAGGUGACACACGUUAUGGAGGUUGCGCAGCUCCUACUUUCCCUCUUACACUCGUGGGGCUUGGAUCCGCAUUUGGACAAGGUGUGUGAAUCCCAGUUGGGCUUGUUGCGCCCCAUUGUGCCUGUUUCGUUUGGGGUACUAUCCAAAGCAGGAUACAUGUCGCUGCUGCUGCCAACCUGGCAGAACAAUUAUCAGAUACCGGACAAUAUACCACCCACUCCCAGCAGCUCCAAGAAGCGCGAUAUUGCGCCUGAAUUGCUGCGCCAAGAACAGCUUACUGCGGUUUUUACAUCCCGAUUGCACUGGGAAUUGAGUACGACGUUGACAUCGAAUCACAUACUAGCGCUCGUAGCUAUGUCAAACACGUUGAUGUCGAUGUGCGCCGCAUCCUUUCUUCCAGAUAGCGAAAAAAGUAAGAAACUACAGCGCCUGGCCCAACGCACCGAUUCAACACUAAGCAACGAAGAGGAGCGCGAGGAGCUUAUAGCCCACCAUACAUCGCAAAUUAAACAGGGUUGGAGUUUGCUGUCCACACAUCAUUGCUUCUUGUUGCCCGACAAAAUCGAGGCAUUAGAACCACGGAAAUUCAAACGUCCACAAGUGGAGGCGAUGGCCAAGCGUUGGCAACAUCACUGUAUCGAAAUUCGUGAGGCUGCUCAGCAGAUUCUACUUGGCGAAUUGACACGUAUGGGUAAGAAGGGCCGCAAGCAACUGGUGGAUAGUUGGGCACAGUAUUUACCGCUAUAUACGCACACCGAGCCGAUCGUCCAACCUCAGGUGCUGGCGGCAGCACAAGGCAAUGGUGGAAAUGGCACGAAUGGGCAUAGCACUGCGGUCGACAAUCAGGACGAGGAGUACGAGGAAGAGGAGGAAGAAAUUAUACGCAAGCCGUCUAGUUUGUCUGAGUUGAAGCGCAAGCAAACCACGGCAGUAAUACUGUUGGGCGUUAUCGGUGCAGAGUUUGGGCAGGAUAUUUCGCAAGAUUCACCCCAGCGCGCCAACGCUGAUCGGAGGAAGUCCUCUGUCGCGGAAGGUUUCGGCAUAGCCAACAACUUGGCGCGGCUAACAUCUAUGGCACUGGCGCAUCUACUUUAUGCGCCGCCAUCACAAAAACUACCAAAGUAUACGCCGUUACGACGCGCUGCAAUCGACCUUCUCGGCCGUGGUUUCACCGUUUGGGAGCCAUACUUGGACGUAAGCAAAGUGCUACUAGGUUUGUUAGAGAUCGCAUGCGCCGGUAAAUCGGUGCCCAAUCUAAACUAUAAGCUACCGCUUACGCCACAGGCAGAUGCAUGUCGUACCGCGCGACAUGCGUUGCGGCUCAUUGCCACAGCAAGGCCAGCUGCCUUCAUAACGACCAUGGCGCGUGAGGUAGCACGUUACAACACUAUGCAACAGAAUGCGCAGUCCAUUAAUCAACCGCUAACGCAGUCUGUGCUUUUCAAGGCCAAAUCGGAGAUCUUACUGUGCGUCGAAAUGCUCAUUGAUAAAAUGCAAGCGGAAAUCGCCAGUUUGCUAGUCGAGGUAAUGGACAUAACAUUGCAUUGUGUCGACAAUAAUGAAUUAAAGUCACGCGGCCUAGCCGAAGUCUGCCCCUCGGUUUGCAAGUUCAAUCAGAUAUCACACUGCGCGCAAACACGACGCAUUGCCGUUGGUGCACACAACGGCCACCUAGCCAUCUAUGAGCUACGCCAGAACAAAUGCCAAAUGAUACCGGCGCAUACACAUCCCAUAACGUCAUUGGCUUUCUCGCCUGAUGGCAAAUUCCUUGUAUCCUAUUCAUGCAGUGAGAAUAGACUAUCGUUCUGGCAGACGAGUACCGGCAUGUUUGGUUUGGGAAAUUCUCAGACACGUUGCACCAAAGGAUACUCAACAGCACCCAUACCUGAUGUAUCGCGCCUAAAUCCGAUGCGGCUAGCCAAGCUGGUGUGGAUCAACAAUCGCACAGUGACGCUUAUGCUGGCCGAUGGCUCGGAGACACGCUUCAAUGUGUAGGCAGAGACACAGAUCGUGAGAAACGAAAGAAAAAUAAAGAUAAGGACGGCAGCGAUCCAGUAAAAGCUGUACAAGCAAUUAAUUAGGGAUUUCGAUUAAGGCGCUUCUAUUGUGCGUACGAACGGUUGAGCGGGCGGACAGUUUUGCGUACAACGGGGCAAGAAGGAAUAAGAUGUGGAAUAUACGAGUAUAUGAAUUCAGCGCUAGUAUUGAAGAUCAUUUUCAAAAUUCAAGAUUUUUUGCUUUUAAGUGUACGGCAAAAUUUAACUUAACACGCUUAAUGGUUCCUAAAAUGGCUGAAAGCGCUUAUAAAGUGUAUUAAAUUGUAACUUUUUCCAAAAAUCCAAAAAACCAGUCACACAUCCUCAAUUUAAUUCAUAGCUAUAAUUUGUUUUCUUUAUUAUUCGUUUUACUAAAUACACACUGCAUAUGUGAUUUUCUGAAACUAAUUUAAAAUUAUAUGGAAAAAUGGUUCUAGAAAACAUUUUAAAAAUUUAUGAAAUGUUACAUAGGUUUAAUCUACAUCUAACUCCCUUUUGACCACUGUUCGUCCGUGCGGGAUGCAUGUCGUUUGUGUUGCAUUUUCUAGAUUGCGGUACAUCCACACAUAAAUAAGUGUAUUAAUAAUAGGGGGCUAACGGUGGUACGCACAUACAUAUUUGCAUAGUAUGUCUACACAAAUAUACACGCAUACAUACAUACAUACAUAUAUGUUGGUUGCAUUGCAGUACUACAUAGAGAAAUAUUAAAUAAAAAAGAUGGAUAUAAACUAUAACAUUACGAAACUACAACAACAAGUGCAAAUGCAAACUGUAUUUAGAAACAAAAAUAAGAAAAACUAUGAUAUUAUAAAAAUAUCUUAAACUAUAUAAUUGAAAAAUAAAAGAAAAGAACUACGAUACUAGUAAAAAGAAAAAAUACCCAAAAAACAAAACAUAAAAAUGUAAAUGCUGUUAUUAAUAUUUGUUAAACUGUUAUAUUAUAUUUACAUACAUACAUAGUAAUGAAAUUUAUUUUGCUGUUUUGUAAAAUUAAUUUUUAAAACAUUUUACUUCGUUACUUUCGAAAAAUAAGCAAAAAUAUGUGGGAGAAAAUUUAUGUUGUGGAAAAUAAACGAAAAGUCGGAAGAAACAAAAACAAUAAAUGAUAAUAUAUUAUACAUAUAUGCAAUUAAAGCAAAUAUGCAUGCUAUGCAUAGGCACAUAUAUUUAUAUAUAUAUAUACUAUAUAUAUAAAUUUAAAUUAAAUGUUUUAAUGAAUUAAAACCCGAUUCUCCGAGUGUUUUUUGGAGCUAUGUGGGAGACGUACAACCAGCCGGGUUGUAUACAAUCAAUCGAUCGCCUCCCCGUAUCCACAUUUGAAAAUUACCUUACUUAUACUGUCGAAAAUAUAAAAAAGCUAUGUAUUAAUGAAAUUAAAUUAAAUAAAUUUAACGAAAUUGUAUUGUGCUUACUUUUAAAUGUCCCUCAAUAAAAGUAUUAAUUAAUUAUACCGAAAAAAACGGAA